GAUGGAAAAUUAGUUUCGAGAAAAACGAGCUGCCCAGCAUGCGGAAGACUACGUGCAUUAUCCAUAAUUGACAAUAAAUUACACAUUUUCUGUUUAGAAACGAAACAAAGGAAUAAAAACAUCCUUGAGAAAAAGAAAGUACUUUAAUAAAUGCGGAGUUGCCUCUAUGAAGGCCAACAAGAUGGAAGAUUAUUAUGAAAUCCUCUGUAUUCAACGGAGUGCCAGUGAAACAGACAUCAAAAAGGCCUACAGAAAAAUGGCCUUAAAAUGGCAUCCGGACAAAAAUAUGGACAAAAAAGAGGAGGCAGAGAAAAAAUUUAAAGAGAUCUCAGAGGCAUAUGAAGUUUUGUCAGACAAAAAGAAACGACAAAUCUAUGACAAAUAUGGAAAGGAAGGUUUGACCGGUGGUCAAGGAAAUGGUUAUUCACAUUAUGACGAUGGUUUUGGCUUCGAUUCUGGUUUCCAUGGUUUCCACUUCAGAGACCCAGAAGAAGUUUUCAGAGAAUUUUUCGGUGGCCGGGAUCCUUUCGCAGAAUUCUUUUCAGGCCCAAGAGUUGGUGGAUUUUCAAAUGGAUUGUUUGCGGAUUCUUUUCCAGGAUUUCCCGGUCCGAGCCCCUUCUUCUCCUCACAGUCACAAUUCAGUGACCCCUUCGCUGGGGGUUCUGGAAGGCGGCGUCAUGUACAUGGUCAGAGGAGGCGGGAGAGAGGGGCGGAGUCUGCGGGCAGAAGGCGGGAGAGACAGGGGCAUGCUCAUCCUAUGGGUUCUAUCGGGUUUAACUCGUUUGGGUUUCCUGGCAUGUCAUUUGGGUUCCAUUCAUCAAUAUUUGAUGACCCGUUCUUACAUCGGUCACCAGGACUACAUACAGGAUUCACAUCAUUUUCCAGUACAUCAUUUGGCGGCGGUGGUGGUGGGGGUGGGGGUGGGGCAAACUUCCGAUCAACCUCCACCUCAACAAAGAUGGUCAAUGGCAAGAAAGUUGUAACAAAAAAAGUUGUAGAGAAUGGUUUAGAAACUGUCACAGUAGAAGAAGAUGGUGUACUCAAGUCCCACAUGGUUAACGGUGAAAGUAUGAUGAUCACCAAUUGACAUUACCAUGGAAACCAUGCAUAGUGUACUACACAAACUGACGUCAGUCAAGUUCAUGUCAGCCAAGUUCACUUUAAUAUGUGAAAACUUGUUAACAGACUUCAAAUAGAAGAAUUUAUGAAAUGGUACUUGUAAAUACAGUGAAUGGAUGACCUUUAAAUGAUUUUAUUGAAAAAAAUGUACUCAAUUCCUGUGGCUAUACAAUGUUUUUGUUUCGAUAUUUAAAUAAUAUGUACAGUGUGAAAUGUGUACAAAAUAAAUGCUUGUUACAAGAUCAGACAAUGUUUUAUCUCGGUGGUCGUAUAACAGCAGAUAGUGGACCAGAGGACUACUGUGUGUAACUAGGUUUUUGCUUUUCAUAUGGUAAUGCUUUAAAUGAAGAUAAAAGAUACAUGCGAAAAUUGAGAAUCAGCUCAGCUUGUGUAGUGCACUGUGAAACAAUAGGAGGAACAGUUAGAUAUAAACUACACAGAAUUGCCAUAUAUUUAUGUGAAAUAAUUUAUUAUUCAUUAUUUCCAUGUAUGCCCACUAAGCUCAACAAGAAGAGCGCAGGUCUACAGAUCACGGGAUGGCGAGUUUGAUUCCUGGGCCAGGCUUAUGUUCUCCGUAACAAUUGAUAAUGGCAUUGUGUCUGCAAUUAUUUCCCCACCCCCACCUCUGAUUCAUGUGGGGAAGUUGGCACUUACUUGCAGAUCACAGAACAGUAUUUGUACAGAAUCUAGGAACACUGGUUAGCUUAACUGCCUUAAUACUGUUGGAAAAUUAGGCUUAACCCAAAACAAAUUAAAAUUCCAGGUACAAGGUUUGUGGAGACAACAUAAUCUAACCAGUAUAAAAAACUGUAAACUCUCUGCAGACUCCCACAUUUGAACAGACAGGUGAUGCUUAGAAGCACAGACUGUAUUUGUUAAUAACCUGUCGGUGUUUGUUACCUUUUAUGUUCAGUCAGGGAAGAUCUGUCAACCUGGAAAAAAUGCUGGGCUAUCAACCCUGGGCUAUGCCGUCAGUUAAUCUACUAUUACCAGGUCAAAAAAACUUAAUGACCUCACCAAAAGGUGAUAAUUUCAUAUAUAGAUUAGAAUAAGAGUAUAACUGUCAUAACUUGUGGUCAGUAGACUAGUAGGGUAUUGAAAGACAAGUAGGAUAUUGAAAGACAUGGAAAUAAUGAGUUAUAUUUGUACAGGUUUGUGUAGGGACAACAGUCUGUUAAGAUAAUGAUACAAGCUUGUGAUUUCUGUGAUAAACCAGUGUUUGUUAAAGCAGAAAAACUGUUAAGGUGAUGAAAUACCAGUGAAAUAGCCUUUAUGCUUUUAAGUGAAAGAAAUAAGAAAAAUUAAUUGAUUUUUUUUUUUCAGAAAAUGACACAACAUCAGUCUUCAUUGAAAUGAAUAGAUAAAAUUUUUUUUUGUAAAAGUAAGUCACUAAAACAAUAAUUUUCAGUCAGCAAAAUAUUUGAUACAAGUCAUUGCUCCUGUGGGAAACUAUUUUAUCUGCUUCUAUAUUGAUAUGUAGUUACAAUAGUUUUGUGCCAAUGUGGUGACAUGUUAACUCUGUAAAUCUCUGCCCUCUCCCGUGGAGUUUUCAGUGGUAUUUUGCAACCUUAACAACAUUGAGUGAAUGGAUUUUUACUAGAAUUCAUCAAGUUUGAACAUUUACUUAGGUAAAUUGGCGCUUUUUGCUGAUUUCAUCAGCAUUUACUUGAGUAAAUGUUUACUAGAAUUCAUCAUUUACUUGGGUAAAUAUGCUCUUAUACUAAAAUCACCAGCAUUUACUUGGCUAAAUGUGCUCUUUUGCUGAUGAGUCUUUAAGGAUGGGUAUAUCAUUUGAUUAAAUAUGUUGUGUGCUUGUAACGUUUCACCUCUUAUAGCAAAUUCUUUGAAAUGUUUGGGUAUACGUGUUGUGUGCUUAAGUAAUUUUUCUCUUGUUACAUGUAUGUUGAUGUAAAUUGCAGCUCAUAGAUUUAAUAAAAGUAGUGGGAUUUUUCUUUGUAUGUUUAGUGAGUCUCUUGUGUACAUUUCUGCCCUUUAUAUACUUCUAUUUUGUAUGAGAACAGUUCAAAAAUAUUCAAGAAUUUUACACCUAUCUUAGACAGCAACAAUUUAAUUUGUUUUAAGAAAUCUUGAUGUCUAUUUGUUUGGACCUCAGUUUUAUGAGAUCUUGCCUUGUAAUAUGAUUUUAAAUCCAUCCACGUUUUAAGUAUAGGGCAAGUUUAUAAAUACAAUUCUGUAUAUGUCAUAAUUUGGAGAAAAAGCUUUUUAUUUAAAAAUUCAUGUUUUUCUGUUGCACAUGUUGUACACAUCUAAAAUCACAAUGUUAAACACAUGCUAUUUUACUGAAACACUGAAACUUCAGUUUCACUUUCAAUGCCUUCAGUGAUUUUUGCACAGUUAAACACGUGUUAUAAUUCAGUGGAAAUAUGUAAAUUCACUAUGAUCAUCAUAUUGUCAGAGGAGAUAUUUCAGUAUUUCUUUUAUUACUUAAAGUUGUAGCAGUCAGAUUUCUGUCACUAUUUUGGAAGUCUAGAAAGGUACUUUGAAAAAAAUGGGAACAUGAAAACAUUUGUGUAGUCUUCUUUCUCUUCCCUGUAUAAAAACAGCUUCUCUUGUGGCUGCUAUGUAAUGGUUUUCAGUUUUUAUUUUAGAAUAUUGUUUGUCAAGUGAUUUCCGGUUUUUGAAGAAUUGAUAUUGUAGAAACUAGAAUACAGUGAUGUAGGUUUCAAGUUUACACUGCAUACAGAGCAACAUUUUACAUGCUUGAGUUUGGUGACCAGUCUCAAAACUAUAGCAUUUCAUUGGUUGAUUUUUAAUUCAAUUUUGAAAUUAACCAAUGACCAGGUUCCUGUAGGAGACUGGUAUCCAACUUGAAUUUUAUACUUGACAAAAUUAAAUCCAUAAAUUAUUUAUAUUCUUUGUAGUCUGGUCGAGAUAAAAUAUAAACAUGGUGUUCAGUAGUUCAGUCUCAAUAGACGUGUGUGAAAAAUAUCCGUGACUUUCUGUGCAUGGGUUGUGCUGAUAACUAAUAGUUGCGGCUUUUCUGUCGCUUUUCAUGUUGAACAUGUGAAUGGUGAUCAUAUUUAUAUUAAUAGGCUUAGUAAAUUCAAAAUGUAGGCAAAAUAUAUUGCAGAGGUUAAGUGCACGAGUAACUGAAAAAAUGUUUAGCGUUUUAUAAGCUUCACCUGAAAUAUGUAUAUUGCAAGCCAAACCAUGAGAAAGAAACAGCUAAAUGUGUGAAACCUGUUGUUCUUUCAUUUUGUGAAAGGUUUAUGAUUGAUUAGGGAGUAAUACUGUUCAUGCCUGGCUACCUCAUGGUUUAGCUUUCGUUAUAGUACACAAGACCACUUUAAGUUUUGCCUUCUUGGUGGAGUUUUCAUCUUUUUCUUUUCAUUGAUUUAAAUAGAUUAUUCUAAGAUAUUGGAUCAGUGAGUAAGAUUACUUACUGUUCUCCAUGAUUUGAACUUGACACUAGGUCUAAUGUCAUUUUUCUCCUGUCUUUGUUUCAUAUGGGGUAGUUUAUGCUUACAUACAGAGAACAAGCAAGUACUAUUAAGGGCUCCAGGUAAACUGGUAAAUAGCAAUACUUGACUGAAAUACUGUUGAAAACUUGUGUAAAUUACACCUUCAUAUUUUGAACAGUAUCUGAACAAAAAAUGUUCUAUUUGAUUUAAGAAGCAAAGAAAGUCUAGAAUCAACUUCAGCUGGUAAGAAAGUAAAAGUUUGAAAAAGUACACAAAUUUUUCUCAAGUUGCAAAAAGGUGGUACCAAGAAGGUAGUAUGUUGAACUGGGUUAUUAUUUAUCAUAUAAUAAAUUGUUCAAUAAGAACAAGCUUAAUGUUAUAUAUGCAGACAUGUAAUAAGUAUAUGUAUAUUUUUGUAAUGAAACCAGACUUAUUUGACUCUGUGUUAUAACACAGUAUCUGUUUUAUAACACAGCAUAUGUUACUUAUAGUACAUUUAUUGUUCUUUUUUCUCAUUAUGAAAAAUUAAAAACUGAUUGUGAAA